UCGAAAGAUUACAAUAGUUGUAGUGCACCAUCAUGUCCUUACCCAGUUCGGUUCUCUCAUGGCUCUUUAAACACUCAAGGAAAUAACCUUUGGUCACCUCCGUUAUGACUCUCGGAUAAACAUGUUUCAGAUGAUCAUAACUUUUCUUGACAACUGACCGCUGUUCUUUUUGUGCGUGCGGAUCAUCUGCGGAUCGUCAAGGUAAAGAGAAGUGAGAACAAAGCUACUCAACUCGUUCAGUAAUCAGGGAGACAACGUGUUUCUUUUAUAAAGAAUCUCCGCGACUCGAAUUUUGAAUACAUUUGGGAGCAUUUUAGUCGAACACUGGAUACGGCCAUUUGGAAACUGUGCACAGAUCCUCAGUAACAUUAAAAGAUGUUUGAAAAGGAACCAUAUGAUAACCCACCUAUGUACAGCCCCCCCUACAGUCCUCCAUCAAACGGCCAUGGGUUCCAGUCCCCGCAGAGUGACUUUGAUCCAUACCCACCACCUCCUGCAUCCUAUUACAUAGAGGACAAGCCUCAACACUUCUACAAAUGGUUUUCACCACCAGGCAUUGUGAAAGCUAUGGAGGGACUUGUUGUUGUGCUCUGUCUUGGGAUUUUUGCCUGUGUGGCAUCAACACUCGUUUGGGAUAUGCAGUAUGGAUAUGGCAUGGGUUUGGGUGGGUAUGGUUAUGGUUCAGGAUAUGGUUAUGGAGGUUCUCUGGGAUAUGGGAGCGGUUACGGCAGUUAUGGCUCUGGCUACUAUGGAGGAAGCUACUACAACUCCUAUCCAACACCUUACACAGCAAAAACCAGCAUGAUUGCGAUGGCGGCUAUUAACUUUGUCACUUCUUUGGGCUUUUUUGUAGCCUGUUUCUCCAAAAGCAGUACCUUCCGUAGCCGCAAGUUUUACCUGGUAGUACUGGUGGUUAGUGUCAUAAUGGCCGUUCUUCAGGGAAUCAUCAACAUCGUCUACAUUGUUGGAGUCAACCCCAUGGCUCAAAGUUACCAGAACAUGCUUUACAACCCUAUGCUUGCGAUGUGCCAAAAUCUCUAUGGCAGCAGUGUCACAGGAAUGGGAGGUGGUUUUCCCAUGUACAACCAAUACUUAUAUCACUACUGCUAUGUGGAUCCACAGGAGGCUGUUGCAAUGGUCUGUGGCUUCUUGGUUGUCAUUGCUUUAGCUGUGGCAGCUUUCUAUUCCCAAAGGACAAGAGGCAAAAUUUGGAGGUAUGGAAAGCCCAAUAUUUAUUGGGAGAAGCCUCUGACCACGGGUCCACAAGGGAGAAAUGUGGAGGACUGGGUAAACGAUGUAGAAGAUGGAGAGACUCAAGAUGGUGCUUCUGUGGUCUUCUCUGAGAAAAGUCCUCCACUUCUAAAUAAGGCAAACAGUAUCAACUUCACUCCACCAAAACCAGAAUAUCUGUUAAGUGGAGAAACCUACAACAGCGCCUCCUCAACAAGCCGUCACACAGAGCCACUAUCCCAGAGUUUGGUGACCAACUCCAGCCCGUCUGAGGAUGCUGCCGGUUUCUUGAAGCCUUCUUCUGGCAAGAACAAGAGACGGCGUCGAAACCCUGACCUAGACCACUCUCAGUAUGAAACAGAAUACACAACAGGUGGGGAAACUGCCAAUGAGCUGGACCUUGAACAGUUGCAGAGCAUGUACCCAGAAAUCACAUCAGACAUGCAACGUCAAGAAUACAAGAGAGAAUUUACCUCUGAUCUGAAGAUGUACAAGCUCUUGUGUGCCGAGAUGGAUGACAUCAAUGACCAGAUGAAUAAACUGAGCAGGGAGCUGGAUACGCUAGAGGAAGGCACAGCCAAGUACCAAGCCGUUGCGGAGGAAUAUAAUCGUCUCAAAGACGUCAAACAGAUGCCUGACUACAAAAGCAAAAAACUCCAGUGUCGCAAGCUACGCAACAAGCUAUUCCAUAUCAAGCGUAUGGUAAAGAACUACGAUGAUGGAAAGUCUUAAAGGGUUUGCCGUACUACUUCCAUUCUAGAUCAUUUGUUGUAUAGUAGCAGAUCAAACUCAUGGACUUAAAAUGAAUUUUGCCUUAUGAAGUCUGUGCUACCUUGUGAGCACAGCUGUCUGGAUCAAAGACUUACCUACUGUGCCCUCACACAAUGUCCCCAGUGUAAACCAAACACAUUCCAUCCAAACCAAUGGUUUGGAAACUCUCAGAAAACCGUUGAACACCUGUUCUUUUUUGCAAGGGUGCAGCUAUUUUAAUAUCAAAGCCUUUACCUUUACCUAGGUACCAACGUCUUACCUAACAUGUCAUUUGUACUUUUCUGGUAUGCCAAGAAUGGACAAAAUGAAAAUUUUUGAUUAAAAUAUCAACACUUUUAUAUAACUGCUUAUUACUACUGUUGACAAAGUUUAUUGUUUUAACACUGGAUAACAGAUUUUGGUAAAGAACUGCUGAUUAAUAAGGUGUAUAACUAUGACAAAAAUGCAAAGAAUUUUAGUAAACACUUAUUGAAACAAGGGAGAUGCUGUAAAUAUGCUCUAGGUUUGUAAAUGUGUACAGUUUAUUAAGUUUGUGACCUUUUACACUACACAUCCGAAAGUACAUUUUUCAAACAUUUCAUUGUUGAAACUACACAUGAACCCAAAGUUUUGUGUAGGCAGCAAAUUUUAGGCAAACCCUAACAAGGAUGGACUGCAUGGAUGGAAGGAUUUGACAGCAGUUCAACAGAAAUAGAACUGAAUGUUUGCAUCUUAAAUUCCUUUUACUUCUACAAAGCACACAAAUUGUUAAUCUGACUGUAAAUCUUUUGAUCUGUUUUGUAACACUGAUAAUUCACAUGUGAUGGAAUGAUGAUAAGACAUGAUGAUGCGCUCACUUUCAGAUAUUUUAUGCUGUUUCCAUUGUUUGUUCAAUACAUGAGUCUCUUAACUCCCCUUGUUGUUUCAAUACCUGAGAUGUACAAUGAAACUGGAAUUUGGGAAGAGGACUUUAUGUGCCUUUUUCUGUGUGCAGAAACACAAAUAAAGUUACAAAUAUGCAAAUUCAA